GCGGGGUGAUUGUGUGGCUGGUCACGACAACAUCGCUCACCUCAACUUACGUUCGCUCGACACACACAUCGGGUCGCGUGUGCCCAUCGGAUACCCUACGAGUGAUAUUAUUUGAUCGAUUCGAAGAUUUUAAGUGAUAAAGUGCGAAGUUUUUGUGUGGAAAGUAAAUAUUAAGUGCAUUGUUGUAAAAGCCGGUUCACCUCGUGAGCGAGGCCGGUUCUGUGUACUUGUGCUUUCUAAACGAAUCCCGAGCGAGCGAUAACUGUUGGCCGGCUACGUGAUCUUUAAGACAGAGUUAUUAGGAUUGUGAAAACGAACAGAGUAUCCGGGCGGCGGCAUGCAGUGGCGCCGGUAACGAAGUGCCCCCCCGCGCACCGCUCGCCCCCGACCCCGCGCCCGCUCCCGCGCUACCCUACACAUAUAUGAGCAUACCGGGGCCGGGUGUAAGAUGGUGGGUGCGCAAGCGUGGCUGGUGGUGGCGGCGAUGUGGUGGCUGGCGAGCGCCGGGCCGGGCCCGCCCGCGCUGCGCUUCUCGCGCGUGCUAUACAACCUCACCAUCCCCGAGAACAGCGCGCCGCGCACACAUGCGUUGCAGCCGCCCGCUGACGAACCGCUCGGCGUGCGCUUGCCCGACCCGCACGCGCGCUGCCGUUUCCGCAUACGCCACGGCGACAAGGACAAGUUCUUCAAGGCGGAGGAACGUGUCGUCGGCGACUUCUGCUUUCUCACCAUACGAACUCGCGCCGGACACGCCGAUGUCCUCAAUCGCGAACGGCGAGAUUCCUAUAAACUCGAAGUGCGCGCCACGGUCCAGAUCUCCCACGACCAACACCUGGAAGCGGACACGGUGCUCGCUAUAGAAGUCGCCGACGAGAACGAUCUGAGUCCGCUCUUUUAUCCGACCGAAUACGAAGCAUUAGUCCCUGAAGAUACGCCGGUUCACUCGAGUAUCGCGCGCGUUACUGCCGAGGAUGCCGACAUCGGGUUAAAUGGAGAGAUCUACUAUAGCCUAGCCGAGCCCACAGACCGAUUUGCUGUGCAUACUACUUCUGGGAUCAUUACUAUAACUCGCGCACUAUCGGCAUCCGAGAGUACACGAUAUAAGAUUGUAGUAUUAGCUCGAGAUCGCGCCUCGCUCAUGGCGCGUGGAGAGGACGCGCCCGCUGCACGCGCAACGGUAAUUGUCCGCGUUGAGCGGGUGAAUCUACAUUCACCAGAACUGCGCGUUCGAAAACUCCCCGAGCUCGUUGAGAACUCUACCGCCGAGAUUUAUGCUAUAAUUGAAGUGAGCGAUCGCGACAGUGGGGAUCAUGGACGAAUAGCUGGUCUCGAAAUAGUCGACGGCGAUCCAGAUGGCCAUUUCAGAGUGCGGCCAUCAGUGCAACCCGGUGAAUACGAUGUAGUAGUUCAUGCUUUGCUCGAUCGUGAAACCUCCCCUCGAGGUUACAAUCUAACUCUUCGUGCGACAGAUGCAGGUCAUCCGCCGCGUUCUUCCUAUUUGACUCUACCUGUAAUGCUUGUCGAUGCCAAUGAUAAUGCACCUGUUUUUAGUAGAGAAGUAUACGAAGCAAGUAUACCAGAGACUGCUCCACCAAACACACCCGUGAUAAGACUUAAAGUUACUGAUAGAGACGAAGGGCGCAACGCCCGAGUUUACAUAGAAAUAGUAGGUGGUAAUGAAGGAGGUGAAUUUAUUGUAAAUCCAGACACUGGAGUACUGUAUACAGCCAUGACAUUAGAUGCUGAAGAUAAAUCUCUUUACACUUUAACUGUAUCAGCUAUAGAUCAAGGAAACGCUGGAACAAGAAAACAAUCAUCGGCCAAGGUAAAAAUUGCCAUACUGGAUUCGAAUGAUAACAACCCUAUAUUUGAGCAAGAUAACAUGGAAGUUAGUGUACCGGAGAAUGGUGCGAGUGGCGCAGUUGUGGCGCGAGUGGUAGCUCGCGAUGCUGAUUCAGGAGAAAAUGCUUACAUAUCUUAUAGUAUCGCUAACCUUCAACCUGUGCCCUUCGAUGUCGACCACUUUUCUGGUGCUGUGAGAACAACGCGUGUGCUCGAUUACGAAAGUAUGCGCCGGGAAUAUACAUUACGCAUAAGAGCUAGUGACUGGGGCCUGCCCUACCGGCGCCAAGCAGAAAUGCGACUAGUCGUACGAGUUAAAGAUGUGAAUGACAAUCGACCACAGUUUGAACGAGUCGACUGCGUAGGUUAUUUACCGCGGCGACUUCCUAUAGGUUUUGAGAUUGUUACACUUUCCGCCAUAGAUUUUGACGCCGGUGACGUGGUCUCAUAUAGAGUUGUGAGUGGAAACGAGGACAAUUGCUUUUCACUUGAUUCCAGCACAGGAGUAUUAAGUUUAACGUGUGAUCUCAAUGAUGCACGCUCAGACACAAAAAUACUGAAUGUAACUGCAACAGAUGGAACACAUUUUGCUGAUUCAACAUCUCUCACAUUACAUCUCGUGGGAGGCGGAACAGGUGUAGAUGCCAACCCGCUCGAGUGCCGCGAUACUGGAGUCGCGCGCCGGCUCACAGACCUCCUUGCCGCCGCAGAGCGAAGCAACGCACCUAUCGAUCUCGCAGAUGAAUUUCCACUCGCACCUUCUCGCUAUGGUGAAAAUCUUCACUCUCCCGACUUUAUUGACUUCCCAGUUGAAGUCAAAGUGAACGAAUCUGUCGCACUUGGAACAUCGCUUGUGAAACUUCGCGCUCGAGAUCGAGACCUAGGUUACAACGGACUUCUUGUUUAUGGUAUAUCCGGCGGAGAUGCCGAUUCUGCUUUUCGCAUCGAUCCGGAUACUGGUGAUCUUCAAGUGAUCGGUUAUCUCGACCGUGAGCGUGAGAGCGAAUACUAUCUCAACGUAACCGUUUACGAUCUCGGGUCGCCGCAGCGUUCUGCGUCUCGUCUACUACCUGUCACGGUAUUAGAUGUGAAUGACAAUCGACCUCGAUUCGAAAAAACGCUUGCGAGUUUCCGUGUCACUGAAAAUGCUAUCAACGGAACUGCGAUAUUUCGUGCUAAUGCUACCGAUCGAGAUGCUGGUGAUUUCGCCCGAGUUACCUAUAGUUUGAGUGGUUCGAGUGACGGAGAGGGAGAGUUCUGUGUUGAUGCGUCAUCGGGCGUUGUGUCCGUGUGCGCGCCAUUAGACCGUGAGCGCAGGGCGCUGUAUGAACUGACUGUGAGAGCCACGGAUGGAGGAGGACUACACUCAGAAGCAUUGGUGCGUGUGGCAGUGGAUGAUGUGAACGACAACGCCCCACGAUUCGGUUUGCAAGCAUAUGGCGCUCGUGUACGAGAGGACGUGCCUGUAGGCACGAUGGUCGCUGUUCUCGAAGCAUUCGACCCUGACCUCGGUGACGGAGGCAUCGUCACUUACUCACUACCCGACCAGGCACCCGAAGAUAUCGUCUUUACUAUCGACGGAACGUCUGGAACUUUACGAACUGCGAAACGACUAGACUACGAAGAACGACAGGUAUACGGUGUAACAGUACGCGCAACUGACGGCGGGCGGCCUGCUCUAUGGGCGGAAGCGUCCCUGGUGGUGGAAGUUCUGGAUGUAGACGAGAACCAGCACGCGCCGCAGUUCGCCGACCGGCUGGUGCUGACGGGCAGCGUGCGGGAGGACGCGGGUCGCACAGCCGUCGCACUCGCCGCCGCCGCCACCGACGCCGACCCGCCCGGCCGCGACUCCAGACUCGCCUAUUAUAUUGUUGCGGGAUCCGGCAUGGCACACUUCUCUAUCGACGAUCAAGGCAUGAUCCGCACCCUGUCACCGUUGGACCGCGAGACAGUCCCGCACUACUGGCUGACGGCUUGCGCGCAGGACCAUGGCCUUGUGCCGCGCCUCUCAUGCGUGCAGGUGUACAUCGAAGUGGAGGACGUGAACGACAUGGUGCCGUGGCCGGAGCAGGCGUCGUACGCGGCGAGCGUGGUGGAGCACGCGGCGGGCGGGACUCGCGUGAUCCGCGUGCGGGCCCUCGACGCGGAUGACUCGCCGCGCCCCGCCAACGUCACCUACUCCAUCGUCGCCGGGAACCCGGACGGACUGUUCUCCAUUGAUGAAAACACUGGUGAGAUCGUGACGACUGGCCGCACGCUGGACCGCGAGGCGAGCGCGGUGCACGCGCUUGAAGUGCAGUGCUCCGACGGCACGCUGACCACCACCACGCGCGUGCACGUGCGCGUGCUCGACCUCAACGACCACGCGCCCGCCUUCACGCACCACUUUUACGACAUCCGCGUGCCCGUCAGGCAAGACCAGCUCGCGCUCGAUGCACUACCGCAGGGCGACGCGGCGGAGCAGAGCAGCACGGAGUGGGACGCGGAGGAGGACGAGGAGGGCUCCGGCGGCCGCGCGCUCUGGGACUACUACGACGACGACGCGCCCGCUGGCACCUACCUCGCCACGGUGGUGGCGCUGGACUCGGACGCAGGCGAGAACGGCACGGUGCGGUACUGGUCGCGCGCCCGCGGCGCCGCUCGCGCCCUGCUGCGCGUGCACGCCUCCACCGGCCGCCUGCUCGCCGCGCCCGGCCUGCAUCUCACGUCUGACAUGUCCUACGACCUAACUGUGCGCGCGUGCGAUGGCGGGUCGCGGGCGCGGUGCAGCGUGUCGCGCGUGGGUGUGCGCGGCGCGGCGGCGGGCGGCGGGGCGGCGCCGCGAGUUUCCGAGCCCGCGCCGCUCACUGUGGCCGAGCUCGACCCGCCCGGCUUCCUGCUGGCCGUGCUGCAGGCCAGCGACCCUGAAGGCGAUCCUCUGUACUACGAUAUAGUCGGUGGCGACGACGAGCACGAGUUCCACAUAGGCCGGUCGGACGGCAGCCUGGUGGUGGCGCGCCGCCUGCGCCACGAACGACGAGACAAGUACGCGCUCAACAUCUCCGUCACCGAUGGGCUGCACACCGUCUACACAAUCGUAAACGUGACGGUGAUAAACGACGCGAACGAGGACGGUGUGUCGUUCUCCCUGGACGAGUACAUUGUGGAAACAUCGGAGUCGCGGCGCGCGGGCGAGGCGCUCGUGGCGCUGCAGGCGCGCGGGGCUGGGCGCCUGCUGUACGGGCUGCUGGCUGCGCGCGCGCCCGCCUCGCUGCCUCUGUUCCGGCUGCACGAGCUGACGGGAGUGCUGGAGCUGGCGCAACCGUUGGACAGAGAAAGCGCAGCGAUCCAUGAGCUGACAGUGUGGGCGCGCGACCAAGCACCGCGCGCGUCCCGGGCGUUCGCGCGCGUCACCAUCCGCGUGCACGACGCCGACGAGCACGCGCCCGAGUGGGGCCGCCGCCUAGCCGAGGCGCGCCUGGUCCGAGAUGCUCCCGUAGGGGCACUCGUUGCUGCGCUGCGGGCCGCGGACAGAGACGCGGGAGACGCAGCGAGAAUCAUAUAUUCCUUAGGCGGCGGCGAUGAUGGCACGUUCUCCGUGGACGCUCUGGGCGACGUGCGCGUAGCGCGGGCGCUGCCAGCACGCGGGCCUCGCGACUACACGCUGCACGUGCGCGCCGCCAACCCGCCGCCCGCCGCGCGCUACUCCACGCUGCCGCUACACGUGCUCAUAGUGGAGCCCGACGACGCCCCGCCCAGCUUCACGUCCAGCGAGCUGGUGUGCGAGGUGUACGAAAACGAGCCAGCGGGUGCGACCUUGGGCUCGCUGGAGGCGCGCAGCCCCAGCACCGUGCGCUACUCUCUGACGGGCGGCGCUGGACUAUUCCGACUCAACCCCGCCGCCGGCGUGCUCUCCACCGCCGCGCCGCUCGAUUACGAGGCCGCUAGCUUCUACAACCUGACUGUCACCGCCGUUAACAUGGGCGGUGGCACAGCAACGGCGCAAGUGUCAGUCCACGUUCUGGAUCGGAACGAGUACCCACCAACAUUAAUGCACGACGUGUACCACGGCCGCAUUUCCGAGGCCGCAGCGGCGGGAGCAUUAGUGUUCGACGCGGGGGAAGGAGUUAAAGGAGCCACACCGUUAGUGCUCGACGUAGCAGAUCUGGACUCGCCCGCGCACCGCCAGCGCGCGUACGAGAUCCUCGACCCGGCGGCCGCUAAAUUGUUCCACGUCGACCCUACCACCGGCGCGCUGCGACUCGCGGCUCAAGUCGACUACGAACGCGCGAAGUCACACGAGUUCAACGUUAGAGUAGUCGACGCCGGCUCUCCCCGCUUGCCGUCUGACAGCGUGGCGCGCGUCAUCGUGGAAGUGGUGGACGUGAACGACUGCCCGCCCGCCUUCGACCAGUCUUCGUACGAAGCGACCCUGCUGCUGCCCACCGCUAACGGGGUGCUGGUCGCCACUCUGCACGCCACCGACCCAGACCCUGCGCCCGACGGACUCAUCAAGUAUGACAUCAUCGAAGGAGACGAGCAGUCCGCCUUCUCGUUAUCCAACGAUGGCGUCUUGACCGUGGCUAAGCCGGAGUCUCUCGCGGAGUCAUACCGGUUGCGUGUGCGCGCCUCCGACGGGCAGUACUCGAGCACGGCGCGCGUGGUAGUGCGAGUGAGGGAGAUAGAGAACUCGGGGCUCGCGUUCCAGAAGGCGGACUACUACGGCUCCGUGGUGGAGAACUCCACUAAACCUGCGCUGGUGGCCGUACUCAACGUGCUCGGCGCCGCGCUCAAUGAGCACGUGGAGUUCCACAUACUCAACCCGGUGGAAGGAUUUGAGGUGGGGUUGACAUCGGGCGCGGUGCGCAGCACGGGCGUGGCGCUGGACCGCGAGCGGCGCGACUCGUACUCGCUGGUGCUGGAGGCGCGCGGCGGGCAGCGCGUGGCGCGCGCGCGGCUGCACGCGGCCGUCACGGACGUCAACGACAACUGCCCCGUGUUCGUUGGCCGCCCCUACGUGGCCGCCGUGCGCGCCGGCGCCGAGCCCGGCGAGCCCGUGCUUACCGUCAAGGCGAUAGACCUCGACGCCAACGACAACGGCGAGGUGCGUUACGAGAUGAAGCGCGGGCACGGCGAGCUGUUCCGCGUGGACCGGCGCACGGGGCAGGUGUCGCUGAAGCAGACGCUGGACGCGCACGCGUCGCUGUACGCGCUAGUGAUCGCGGCCUUCGACGGCGGCACCCCGGCGUGCGGCGCCGACGCCGACGUCGCCGUGCGCGUGUGGGCCGGCGGCGCCGCGCCCGCCUGGGACCGCCCGCACUACCAUCUCGAUGCCCGUGAAGACAUUCCCCCUGGGCAGCCGCUGGCGCCGCCCCUGCGCGCGCUCAGUCCACUCAACCGUCAGCUCAUCUACACGCUCGUCGACGACAACAACGCUUCGGACCUUUUCGAAAUACACUUCGAUGCGGCACCCGACAGAGGCAAUAACCCAUGCAUUUUGGUCGCUCGCGCGCCGCUCGACUUCGAGACGACUCAGACGCACGAGUUGGUUGUGCGUGCAACGGACGGCGUAACAGGCGCUUUCGCCGACGUGGCGGUGACGCUACGAGUGCUGGACGUCAAUGACUGCGCGCCGGAAUUGGAUAAAGACGUUUAUCGCGCGUCUGUGUCGGAAGCUGCCGCUGUGGGGGAACUGGUCGUCACUGUGCAUGCCACUGAUAACGAUACUGGUGUGAACGGUGAGAUCGAGUACUCUCUAAGCGGGUACGGGUCUGAGUCCGCGGCGGCUGAGUUUUCUGUGGAGCCGCGGUCGGGAGCGGUACGCGUAGCAGCCGCGCUGGACCGCGAGCGGCGUGCGGCCUACCACCUGCUCGUCACCGCGGCUGACUCCGGCCGCCCGGCGCUGCUCACCACCGCGCAUCUCUUCAUCACUGUGGAGGACGUGAACGACAACCCGCCGCGCAUGGAGCGUGCGGUGGUGCCGGUGACAGUGUCGCUGGAAGCGGCGCGCGGCACGGGCGUGGCGCGGGUGUCGGCGUGGGACGCGGACGCGGGCGACGCGCCCCGCCUGCGGUACGCUCUCGCGGGGCCCGCGCCCGACCACCACGCCCUAGCUGUGGAUCCACGCACCGGCGUCAUCUCGCUUGCCAACACGCGCGCCUGGGCACAGGCGGGCAGCGCGCCGCGGUCGCUGAACGUGUCUGUGUCGGACGGCGCGCACGCGGUGUUCGCGCGCGUGAAGGUGUCGCUGGCGCCCGCCAACCGCUCGCCGCCACACUUCCCGCACCUCGUGCACGAGGCGCGCGCUAGGGAGAACCAACCGCCGCCGCUCUUACUCACCACCGUAAAAGCGUACGACGAUGACCCCGGAGAGUACGGCACCAUCGCGUACUCGAUACCAUCGGCAAAGCUCCGCGAGACGUUCGCAAUAGACGCGACUAGCGGUGCUCUUACCACGCUCGUGCCGCUCGACAGAGAGAAGCGCGCCGAAUGGGAGGUGCCGGUAACGGCGAGUGACGGCGGCGGCCUGCUGCGCCACACCACGGUGCGCGUGCGCGUGGCGGACGUGAACGACAACGCGCCGGUGUUCCCGCACCGCGAGUACCGCGCCGCCGUGCCCGGCUCGCGCGCGCCCAACGCGCCCUUCCUCACGUUGACCGCGCGCGACGCCGACGCGCCCGACAACGCGCGCCUCCACUACUCUGUCUACGAGGGCGACGUGCGCUCCGAUACCACCGGCCUGUUCGCGGUCGACCCGCACACUGGGGCGUUGUCGUUCGCCCGCGACGCGUCUGCUUUCGCAUCCCGGUCGGUGCAAGUGUGGGUGCGCGCGCGGGACGGCGGCGGGCUGGCGGGCGAGGCGCCGGUGUCGGUGUACGUGCUGGCCGCCAACGAGACCGCGCCGCGCCUGCGGGCGCCCCCGCCCACCGUAUUCUUGCCCGAGGACGCGCCCGCGGGCACGCUCAUCGCCGAGCUGCGCGACCCCACCGACGAGGAGACGGCCACUAGAUUCCGCCUGGCGCCCGGCCUGUGGCCGCGUGACCUUUUCGCGGUGGACUCCGUCGGAAGACUCGUGCUGGCCGGACAGCUGGACAGGGAGACCGCCGCCGAACAUGUUAUAGGCGUGAUAGCGGAGGGCGCGGGCAGCCCGGCGCCGGCGCGGCUGGUGCAGACGCGGCUGCUGGUGCUCGACGUCAACUCGCACGCGCCCGCCUUCCACUCGCAGCCCUACGUCGUGCACCUCGCGGAAAUAGCCCCGCCUCAUACUAGCGUCGUACAAGUGAUGGCCGACGACCCGGACUCCGGUUCGAACGGCGAGGUCCGCUUCUCGAUCGUCCCCAACCCCGACGGGGACGAGAGCGCGUCGCUGUUCGCCGUGGACCCGUUCAGCGGCUGGGUGACGACGACGGCGGCGCUGGACCGCGAGCGGCGCGCCGAGCACCGCCUGGCGCUGCUGGCGGCCGACAGCGCGCCGCCGCACCAGCGCCGCACCGCGCGCGGCACUCUCGUCGUGCGCCUCGUCGACUACAACGACUGCCCGCCCGAGUUCCUGCAGGAGCGGUAUGAAGCUGAGAUACACGAGGACGCAGCAGCGGGCACUGUGGUGGCGCGGCUGGGCGUGCGAGACGCGGACAGCGGGAGUGCGGGUGGCGCGCUUACGUACUUCGUGGCGGACGGCGACGCGCGCGCGCGCUUCCAGCUGCGGCCCUCCGGCGAGCUGUACGUGGCGCGCGCGCUCGACCGCGAGACCGAGCCCGAGUAUCUGCUCUCCGUCGCCGCCACCGAUGGCAAAUUCACCGCCUACACGGAGGUCGCUAUCACCGUGCUCGAUGUUGACGACAACCCACCAUACUGCGUGCGGCACCGCUACUACUCGCGGCUUCCGGAAGACGCGCCUUUGGGCACGCGCGUGAUGCGGCUGCUGACGGGCGACGCGGACGGGCCGGGCAACGCCGCGCUCAAGCACUACCUCACCGGCGACCACGCCGAACACUUCGCCAUCGACAAGGGAACCGGCGUGGUUACCGUAGCAGCGGCACUAGAUCGGGAGACUUUAAGCUCAUACCGUCUGGUGGCGCACGCUCAGGACCGCACGCGAGCUGAAUGGAGCUGUGGCUCCGAACUACUCGUCACGCUCACAGACGUCAACGACAACGCACCGAGAUUCUCCGCCGACACUUACGCCGUCACGCUGCCCGAGGACGCCGAUAUAGGCACAUUAGUUGCCAAAGUGCACGCCACCGACGUCGAUCUAGGCGAAAACAGGCUCGUGCGAUACUCGUUCGCGGAAGAGAACGAAGCGUUCGAUCUAGCGAGCGACAGCGGCAUCAUCACGCUGCGCACGCCGCUGGACCGCGAGACGCAGGCGGAGCACCGGCUCGUGAUCGUGGCGCGCGACGCCGGCCGCCCGCCGCUGUCCGCGUCCGCCACCGUGCGCCUCACCGUCGCCGACGUCAACGACAACCCGCCCGAGUUUGAGAUGCGCCUCUACCGCGCCGCCGUGCCUGAGCUGGCCGCGCUCGGCACCGACCUGCUACGCGUGCGCGCCACCUCGCGCGACACAGGCGUCAACGCCGACGUGUACUACUCCAUCGUCGGCGGCGACGGCCGCGAGGAUUUCGCGCUCGACCGCUCCUCCGGCGUGCUCACAGUCGCGCGCCCGCUCGACUACGAGCGCCGCAAGGAAUACGCGCUCACCAUCCAGGCGAUCGACGGCGGGUCGCCGCCGCUCAGCGACCAGGCGUCCGUCAACAUCACCGUCGCCGACAGCAACGACAACCCGCCGACCUUCUCGCAGGCUUCGUACGGCGCGCGCGUGCGCGAGGACGCAGUGAUCGGCGAGCGCAUCUUGCAAGUGAUCGCCGAUGACGCCGACUCGGGCGCAAACGGCCGCGUGACGUACUCGAUCGCUCGAGGCAACCACGAAGAUCGCUUCGCCAUCGAUGCGGACACUGGCUACCUGUCGGUGGCGGCACCGCUCGACCGCGAGACUGUGCCCGCCUACGUUCUGGAGGUGCGCGCGAGAGACCGCGGUACGCCGACGUUGGAAUCUGCCACGCUCGUCAACGUCGAAAUCGUCGAUGCCAACGACAACCCACCGCUCUUCGCCCGGACCAACUACACGGCGGUCGUUCAGGAGGAUCGGCCACUUGGCUACACGAUUAUCAAAUUCGAAGUUCAAGAUGCGGAUGCGCCGCCCAACGCGGCGCCAUACACCUUCGACUUUCAAUCCGGGAACGAGAUGGGAGCUUUCCGCCUCGAGCAAGAUGGUUAUCUUCGAUCUGCGACGCGAUUCAACCACCGCAUCAAGGAUAGAUACACUCUGCAGAUCCGAGUUUUCGACAACGGAACACCUCCUCUAUUUUCGGACGCGUGGGUUUACAUAAAAGUGAUAGAAGAAUCUCAGUACCCCCCUGUGGUGACGCCGCUCGAGAUAGUCGUGAACUCGUAUCUGGACGAGUUCCCUGGCGGCGAAAUCGGCCAGGUGUUCGCGUCGGACCGGGACGCUUACGACACGCUGACAUACAAACUGGCGCCGGCCGACGGCGCACCAUACCCUCCCACUGACUUGUUCGAGAUCGGCUCCGGCAACGGUACGCUACGAGCCGCGCCCCGGCUCGACGUCGGCGAUUACCGCCUCAACGUCACCGUCGACGACGGCAAGUUCGUCAGCUUCGCGAUCGUGCGUGUUACCGUAGUGUUGGUUUCCGACGAGAUGCUCGCGCAGGCGAUCGUCGUUCGCUUCCGAGAAAUCACGGAUCGCGACUUCGUUCUGAGUCAUCGGAAAGGAUUCAUCCGAGCGGUGGCGGAAGCGACGGAUUGCGAGCCCGGGGAUGUGAUCAUAGUCAGCGUGCAGCCGUCGGGAGAAGGAACGGGAGCCCGUCGAGCGAAGCGACAGGUAGCUCAAGACCUGGACGUCGCUUUCGCCGUCCGCGUCGCUGGUGGUUUCCUACCAGCAGACGCUCUACGCCGCCGACUGCACGCUCACUUGGAACGUUUGGAGGAACGCACACGUCUCAUCGUGGAGGAGCUCCUGCGCGUUUCGUGCGGGGGAUGCGCGCACGGCUCGUGCGCAGAGAGAGUGGAGCUGCAGUCAAGCGGUUUGCGCGCAGUGACGACGGACGUGUUCGCGCUGGUGUCGGCGCCGCACCGUCUGCGCGGCGAGUGCGCCUGCCUCGGCGGGUACGCGGGCGACCACUGCGACCGGAUCUCCAACACCAUCGACACAGAUGCCGAAUGCGGCGAGCCCGGGUGCAGAUCGAGCCCUGCGGUGACGCAGCUGGCGGGUGACGGGUACCUGGUGUACCGCGUGGAGCGCGGCGUGGUGGAGGGCGCGCGCGUGCCGGACGACGAGCUGGCGCUGUCGCUGCGCUUCCGGACGCGGCGCGAGCGCGGCACUCUGCUCUACGCCGCCGGCCGGGUGGACUACGCCGCGCUUGAGGUGGCGGAGGGGUACCUGCAGUUCCGCAUGGAGCUGGGGUCGGGCCCGGCGCUGGUACGCGCGGCGGUACCGGUGUCGGACGGCGCGUGGCACGAGGCGCGGCUGGAGCGGCGCGGCGCCGGCAUGCGACUCACCGUGGACCGGCGCAGCGCCGCCGCCACCACGCCGCCGCCCGCCGCCGUGCUCGACGCGCGCCCCGACCGCCUGCUCGUCGGCGCCGCGCUCAUGCGGCACGCGCACGCGCUCGCGCCCGAGCAAGUGACGUACGGCUUCCACGGGUGCAUAUCUGAGCUGAAGCUGGGCGGCAUGUUGCUGCCCCUGGAGGAGGGCGGCACGUCGGGCGACGGUCGCGCGGCUCUGGUGCGGCGCGUACGCGCGCGGCUGGCGCCCUCCUGCGCGCCGCUGCCCCCGCCUACGCCCUGCGGCUCCGCGCCCUGCCUCAACGGGGGCACCUGCCGCGACGCGCAUACCUUGCUGGAGGGCGCGCCCGACUCCGAGGGCUACACUUGUCAGUGCCACGCGCGCUUUCUGGGUCCUCGCUGCGAGGUGGACACGGACCCGUGCGCGUCGCAGCCGUGCCUGCACGGCGGGUUCUGCUCGGCGGUGCCGGCGGGGUUGGCAGCUGGCGGCGCAGGCGCGGGAUACCGGUGCGCAUGCGCGGGAGGGCUGGGCGGCGCACGCUGCGAGCGCGGGCGCUGGUGCGCGGCUGGCGUGUGCGCUCACGGGGGCGCGUGCGAAGAGGGCGACUGGGGCCCGUCGUGCCGGUGCCGCGGGUACUACGGCCCGCGCUGCCAGUACGACGUCGACGAGUGCGCCGGCGAGCCCUGCCUCAACGGCGCCACCUGCCUCAACGAGCCCGGGUCCUUCCGUUGCCUCUGCCCGCCGGACAAGACCGGCAUGAAUUGCGGAAACCCGCUGUAUUCGGACGCCGUAGUAUCGGGAGGUGCGGGCGGUGGCGGGACGCGCGCGCUUCAUGACAUCUGGCGGUGGGCGUGCGACUCGCGCUGGCCGCUAGCGGCCGCGGCGGCGAUCCUGCUGGCGUUACUGCUCAUUGCCGUCGCGUUACCGCUCGCUCUCCGCCGCCGCGCGCGCCGUCGAACUGCGCGCUCGCCGAAAGACGAGCCGCUCAAUAGCGAGAAACUCGUCCCGCGUACUUCCAAACUGUCCAACCUCGAAGCUGUAUCGCGACGAGAUAGGCCGACUUCCUGCGCGGACCCGCCCCCUCUCAACAACGUGGAUACGCUGCGCAGCUAUGGCUCCGCCGGCGAUGAGCUCGAGGGCAUCCCGCCGGACUAUCGCCGGAAUCUCAAUAUCGAACCGGCGACGGACCGGAAACCGUGGUCGGAGCAGAUGCAUCUACACACAUUCGUCGACAAUAAGAUAUACAAUGAUCUCAAAGGCUGCAAGAGUCGGGCGCGAACACGAUCCCCGGCGCUCGGGCGGCUCGUGGCGGGUCUGCCUCCCGGCGAGCCUCACAUGGUGGGCGGGUACCACUGGGACUGCUCGGACUGGUGCGGCGGCGGCGCGCUGCCCGGUAUCAGCGAGGUGGCGGGCUCCGAGCGCCCCGACACCUCGCCCGAGCCCCCGCCUCCCACCAUAGAGCCGCCCGACCAGGAGCCCAGCGACGCGGACACCGCCAGAUUCGCCGACGUAUCGUCGUACCUCUUGCACCCUGACGAGUACCUGCCGCCGGCCGCGUCGGAGUGCGACCUGCGCGCGCGCGCCCUGCGCCAGCCCGACGCCGCCAGCCUCAUCACCAUGCUAGAGGAGCGGAACUCGCUCCUGGGCGGCGACGAGGAGGGGUCGUGCAGCGACCUGUCCGCCAACCUCUGCGAGAUCGAGGAGUCCGACGCCGACGACGAGCGCGCCGACCGCACGCGCGCGCGACACACCGACGUGUGACGCCGGCCCGCGGCCCGCGCGCCGCCCGCGACCACCGCGCCGACACACAUCGCGCGCGGCCUUUAGCGGCGCCGGCGCCGGGAGCGAGACCGUCUGCGGAGCGACCUUUCGCCGACCAACACUACCAGACAUAUAAGUCGCGGCACGAAACUUUAGCGCUCACCGUUAUUGCGCACAAGCAAACAUGAACAUGUCUUGGGGGGAGACGAGGUGCGCGGGUGGGCGUGCGUUGUGCCGAUCCCUGACGCGUUUUGUUGAGCGCUAGAGUUGCGUGCCGCGACCUGUCCUCCCCGAUGAACUCGGUUCGAUGGAUGGCGACUCCGAAUCCGGUCCGGUCCGUCGGGGGCGGAGCGAACGAAAGACCUCGUGCGACCGAGCGACGAUAACUAUGUACCUGAACGACGCGAACGAAAGAGCGGGGCGACCGGAAAUCCGCGCCGGAGAAUUGUUCCUAGUGUGUGAAUUGUGAAUGAUACGACUCGACUGCCGAGCGAGUGCUGCAUCAGUGUGGGUGAAACGUCCCCUUCGCUACGAUCGAGUGACUGAGCGUCCGAAAGUUUAAACGUCACCGCCGCUCAACCAAACGAUAAAUAAGAUUAAUCAUAGAUGUCCGCGCGGGCGCGUUUCGCUUCGAAUGUGGCGGGGUUGACGUUUUACGUUUUUCGCGGGACCACGCCGUAACUAGCAUUUAUAAUGUAACGUGACAUUGCCUAUUAAUUGUAACUUUUAGUUUAUUGUAAUAAAAUUUGGUCCUAUAGAGGCAUACCCGAAGACUUCAACACGUCCGGCGACCUCGGACUUUUUUUUUAUUAAAACAGUUCAUGACAUGGAGAAAUCAGAGUUAUAGUGUAAAUAAACAGUCUAGUAUAUUAAAUAUCAUGUAAAUAAUGUUUGUACGUCGCAUUGUAUAUAAUGUACAUGUGUAUGAGUGUGCACAGUGAGAGACGCACUCCGAUGACUGUCUACAAAAUAAUGUUAUUAUAAAAUUAUAAUGGUGCUCUGACUAUAGGUUCAUAUCAUAACUUUAAACUGCAUUUAUAUAAAACUGUAGUAAAAUUCUCCUUAUAGAUUAGCGAAUUAAAUGUAAGUGAUCUAUUUUUAUAUGUAUAAAUUAAUAAAUACCUAUUAUGUAUAACAAAAAUAACGUAACGCGAGCGGCCGCGGACUCCGGUCAGCUGGCCGCUCGCAGGCCUCUGAUCACGAUUUAAGUUGUUACCACCAUUUACUUACUUCAAUCGACACAGUUUAGCAAAUGCAAAUUCGCAUAAUAAUUUUUCAUGACUAUUUAUUUAUAACUGUUGUGUAAGUUUUGACACGACUAAUAAAUAUUUUAUAAUAAAGAGUGCUGUGUUUUAUUUUAUUCCUAUCACAAUCAUGGUAAGUUCUUCGAUUUUCG